AUGGUCAACCUGCUUCCUGCGGUCGUUAUAGACAACGGCACGAGCUCCACACGUGCCGGCUUUGCGCUGGAAGAUUUGCCCUCGCUUGUGUUCAACUCCUCGUACCUGGUGGAUGAAAACAACAAGGUGCUUGUGGGAGACAAGAUCAACUCCAGGCCCGACCUUGAGGUGAUGACCCUCGUGGACAAUGGUAUUGUUUACAACUACGACCACAUUUCCAGCAAUUGGGAAUAUGUGUACGAGAACUUGGAUAGCGGCAAUGGCGUGGAUGCCAAGGACCACCCUUUGAUGAUGACAGAACAGACGUGGAACACGCCUAAGAACAAGGCUGCGGCUGCCCAAAUUGCUUUUGAAGGCUUGCAAGUACCCCUUUUCUCGCUCUUGAAGUCUCCAUUGGCUCAGUUAUACCACACCGGCCGUCUGAGUGGGUUGGUUAUCGACAUAGGUGCUGGUGUGGCCAGUGUGACACCCAUCUUGGACGGUGUCAUCCAGCAGAAGCUGUGUUUCCACUCCAAGUACGCAGGUGACUUUGCAUCCUUGCACGCCUUGCGUAGCAUAGAAGCCAAGUUGGGCUACCAGCCCAGUCAGCUCGACUACUCCCGCUUGUUGCCUCCUCAGUACACCGCUGACAAUGUUUCCCAGUCUUUCAAGCUGUACCAUGCCACACACAAUCUUUUACAGAAUUUCAAGGAGACCAUGCUUUCAGUCAGCGAGCCUCCACCAGGCAUCACAGCUCCUAACUCGUACUACACUCAGAUUCACCAGCUGCCUCCGUUCUUCCAGUUGCCAGACCGUACACAGAUCAACUACUCAGAAAGAGAAACAUCAACGCUCUUAGAGGCUCUUUUCGUGCCACACGUAUACAAAUUGCCAGACGUGCCUAUUCCUGACCCAGCGUUCGACAAGGCCCAUACACACGGUAUCUCCAACUUGGUUUUGUUCGCCUUGAAGAACUUGGAAUCGACUAUGGUGCCUGCUGGCAACGACCCUGCUACUUCAAACAGCAAUGCUCGUUUCAAUGAGGUCUUGAGAACCCUCUUCACAAACACCUUAAUCACCGGUGGGGGUGCUCUUCUCUCAGGCUUCUCCGAUAGACUCUGUGGUGACAUCAGCCGUACCGCUCCCACAGUGUUACCCAACUACAUGAUCACCUCGCAGUACAAGAUCUACAUCUCCCCAUUGCGCAAUUACCCACUGGGGGAUAUUCACGAUUUGUACGAUAAGAAGUUCGGCUCGUGGUUAGGUGCCGCCAACUUGGCCAGCAUGCUCAACGACGCUGUGGAGGAUGAAAACGGCAGUGCCAACAUAGCCUUGGAUAACUGGUUUAUCUCCAAAGCGGACUACGAGGAGCUUGGUGAGGACUUGAUUUUGGAAAAGUUCAAGUAA